AUGAUUUGGGCGAUGGCAGAGCUCAUUAGAAACCCGAGAGUGAUGAAGAAAGCUCAAGACGAGAUUCGUACAAGUAUAAAAGUAAAACCAAAAGAGAGAAUCGUGGAAGAAGAUCUUGAUAAGCUUCAAUACUUGAAGCUUGCGGUGAAAGAAACCUUAAGACUACACCCAGCUGCUCCUCUGUUACUCCCAAGAGAGACAAUGAGUCCAAUUAAGAUUCAAGGCUACGAUAUUCCCUCGAAAACCCUUCUUUUGGUUAACGCUUGGUCCAUAGCUCGGGAGCCUAAACACUGGGAAAAACCAGAAGAGUUUAUCCCGGAGAGGUUUAUGGAUGGUCCUGUAGACUACAGAGGACAGAGCUUCGAGAUGUUACCUUUUGGUUCUGGUCGAAGGAUGUGUCCAGGGAUGGCUUAUGGGAUUGCGACGGUUGAAUUGGGACUCUUGAACUUGCUUUACUUCUUUCACUGGAAAAUACCUGAAGAAAAAGAUAUGGACAUGGAAGAAGCUGGUGAUGUUACUGUUGUUAAGAAAGUUCCUCUUGAGCUUCUUCCUGUUCUUUGCGCCAGUAAUAGGAAUAUAUAUUUCGCUGGAGUAGACACAAGCGCCAUCACCAUGAUUUGGGCGAUGGCAGAGCUCGUUAGAAACCCUAGAGUGAUGAAGAAAGUCCAAGAUGAGAUCCAAACUUGCAUCGGAAUCAAACAAAAGGAGAGAAUCGUGGAAGAAGAUAUUGAUAAGCUUCAAUACUUGAAGCUUGUGGUGAAAGAAACCUUAAGACUACACCCAGCAGCUCCUCUGUUACUCCCAAGAGAAACAAUGAGUCCAAUCAAGAUUCAAGGCUACGACAUUCCGCCAAAAACCAUUCUAGUGGUUAACGCUUGGUCGAUAGGACGGGAUCCUAAACACUGGGAAGACCCAGAGGAGUUUAUCCCGGAGAGAUUUAUCGAUUGUCCUGUGGAUUACAAAGGGAACAGCUUUGAGAUGUUACCAUUUGGUUCUGGAAGGAGGAUGUGCCCAGGGAUGGCUUCAGGGAUUGCGACCAUUGAAUUGGGACUCUUGAACUUGCUUUACUACUUUGAUUGGAGAUUGCCUGAGGAGAAGGCAGAUAUGGAUAUGGAAGAAGCUGGUGUUGUUACUGCUGUUAAGAAAGUUCCUCUUGAGCUUCUUCCUCUUCUUCGCCAGUGAUGGGGUCACAGAGUCUUGAGGAACAUAAAGGGAAGUUGAACUGUGUAAUAGAUCAGACUUGAGCUUGAGUUAUGUUGUUGUUCUUGUUUUUAGAGUUUUAAUUUAAUGUUAUUAUUUUGCUAAAAAAAUUGAUUUUAUGCACCGGUUUGUAUCUCGUUGUUGAUUGUUGCAAGGGAACAAAGUUCUCGAACGGAGGAAUGUAUUGGCUAAGUUGGCUUCAGACCGAAUUGUAAUGCAUGCAUGUUAUAUUAACCAUAAAUUAAGAAAGAGAAAAAGACUGCAUUCUGUCGGAAU